GAUGGGUCUCCUUUCCACGUUACGAAACACCGGUUCUUACCUGCUAUUGACGAUUGAUCUGCAGUUAUGGAAGCGAUUUGUGUCUUUCAGAAACAGUUGGCAUGGCUACACCUUACUCAACCGGCUGAGCGGUUGUGUCCUUCCCGUAACACACAACACAUUUGCCAUGUAUUCAGGCAAUCAAUGUAUCAACAGAUUUCCUCAUCAGGCCACUCCCACAUGGUUGACCUCUUGA